AUUGGCAAUCUCAAACUGAACACAGUGCAGAUCAGCAGAUCUAUUUUCCUCCUCAUCAGAUUUCAGUAUUUCUAUGGAGGAACACAUUCCAUUUGCUGUUGCUUCUAAUCUCAUUCACAGGUUGGCUUCCGCAGAUUUUAUUGAAUUUGGAAAGGAGUAUGAUGUGAUGGAAGAGUUGGAAGAGCUCAAGAACACAAUUGAAUCCAUCAAUGAUGUGCUCCUUGAUGCUGACGAUAAACAAGAGCAAGGUCAUGUGCGAGUUUGGAUUAGAAGGUUCAAAGAAGUACUUCAUCAUGCAGAUGACUUCUUAGAUGACCUUGCUAUCCAAUUUAGUAGGGACAAAUUGGAUGCAGCAGAAGGAAAAGAAGUAAUCAAGGUACUUUCCAUUUCAUCUUCAAAUCAAAUUCCUUUAUACAGUGAAAUGCCUGACAAAAUUAUAGAAAUACAAGCAAGUUUUAAUGGUGUAGUAAAAGAAAUGAAGGAUUUGAAUUUAAGUCCAAGAUCAGGAGUGGUUAAGCAAACUAAUAGUGAAUGGAGGGAAACAUGUCCUUUUGUAUUAGAAUCAGAUAUCAUUGGAAGAGAUGAUGAUAAAAAGAAGAUUAUUAGUCUGUUGAGACAACCGCCACAUGAAAAGAAGAAAGUUUCUGUGAUUGCUAUUGUUGGCCUUGGUGGAUUGGGGAAGACAGCUCUUGCACAAUUGGUGUAUAAUGACUUGGAAGUGCAGAAAAUUUUUGAAAUGCAAAUGUGGGUUAAUGUCUCUGAUAACUUUGAUGUCAAAACUAUUAUGAAGAAAAUACUAGAAUCAAUUACUGGUGACCAAAUUGAAGACAAGUUAUCAUUAGGCAACUUGCAAAGCAAACUUCGUGAAAAAAUAGAAGGUAAAAAAUAUUUAUUAGUCCUGGAUGACGUUUGGAAUGAGAGGCAUGACAAAUGGGCUGAGUUGAGAAAUUAUUUGAUGUGUGGCGCUCAAGAUAGUAAGAUUUUAGUGACAACUCGAAGUGAAAAUGUAGCAAAGGGAAUGACUGCUAGCACUUCCUAUCCUUUGAAAGGUUUGACUGACGAAGUAUCUUGGAGUUUGCUGAAGAACAUUGCAUUUGAGGAUGAUUCCAAAGGAGUGAAUCAAAAUCUAGAAUCAAUGGGAAAAGAAAUAGCCAAGAAAUGUCAAGGGGUUCCCUUGGCGGUUAGAACGCUGGGAGGCCUGUUACGAGGACAAAAUGAAGAAAGUGAAUGGGAGAAUGUUUUACGUGGUGACUUCUGGAAAUUAUGUGAAGAACAAGAUAGUAUCAUGCCAAUUCUAAAACUCAGUUACCACAUCUUGUCACAAGAAAUGAAACAAUGUUUUGCUUAUUGCUCUUUAUAUCCCAUGGAUUCAGAAAUUCCAAAGGAUGAGUUGAUUCAGUUAUGGAUGGCACAGGGUUACCUUAAAUGUUCAACAGGAAAACAGAACAUGGAAGAUAUUGGUAACGAAUUUGUAAAGAUAUUUUUGAGGAACUCAUUUUUUCAAGAUGCAAAAGGUGAUAAAUACGGUGAGAUCAUUAGUUUCAAAAUGCAUGAUUUAAUUCGUGAUCUUGCAAUGCUUGUUGCUGGCAAUGAUUAUUGUUACUUGGACAGUAAGGCAGAAAAAGUUGAAGGGAGACCCAUGCACGUAUCAUUGGAAUCUGGGGCCAUUCAUUUAUUGGAUUCGUUGGAUCAAAGUAGGUUGCGAACUUUGAUUUUGCGGUCUUCUUGUUAUCAGAAGGAAUUGUCUGUUGCAAAUUUCAAGUACUUACGCGUCUUGAGAACGCCGCCACAUUACAUUUUUGAGUUGUGUGCUUCAAUUGAAAAUUUCAAGCAUUUAAGAUACCUUGAUUUGGUUCAUAAGUUUUAUUACGGAUCAAUACAAAUAAGUCUUCCCGAAUCUAUAAGCAAUCUUGUUUUCUUACAAACAUUAAAAUUGGAUGAAUUCGAUGAAGAAUCAUUUUCAGUAGUCACAAAACUAGUCAAUUUGAGAUGGCUUGAAGUUGAUUAUGACUCCUUGAGUGGGAUGUCAGUUGGAUUGGGAAAAUUAUCCUCCUUGCAAUUCUUACCGACCUUUGUUGUGAGAGAGAGCCAAAAAACAAAACAUGGCACACUAAACGAAUUGAAGGACUUGAACCUAAGUGGCAAACUAGAAAUCAAGCAUCUUCGUCGUGUCAGAGACGUGGGUCUGGAAUCACGUGAUUUAUUAGAAAACCUUGAGCCCCACCAUAAUCUUAAGCAGUUGAAUGUGUUGCAUUAUCCAGGCACGCUUUUCCCGAACUGGCUCUCUCUCCUCACAAAUGUUGUGGACAUGUUUCUCUUUGGGCUUUAUAAUUGCUGCUGUCUCCCACCGUUGGAACGUCUUCUGUCUCUGAAGUCACUUGAGAUAAAAUAUCUUCAUGAAUUGGAAUACGUAUAUCUUUACGAAGAUGGUUUUGCAGUAACCUUCUUCCCCUCUUUGGAGAGUCUCGUAUUAGAGAAUUGUCGGAAGCUUAGGGGAUGGCGGAUGCGGGGAGAUGAAAUCAAUGAUUCACAUAAUCUGUCCUUACCUCUUUCAUUUCCUCAUCUUUCUCAACUACAAAUCUAUAAGUGUCCAACGUUGACUUACAUGCCUACUUUUCCGAGGGUUAAGGUUUUACAUUGGCCUGAAGGCAGCGUGGAGCCAUUGACAGCAACACUAAACACAACAGCGUCAACAUGUUCAGCUGACUCAUCUUCCUCCGCUGCUCCUCUUUCCAUGCUCAAACAUUUGAGGAUUUAUGAUCCUAGGAAUUUGCCAAAGGGUUGGAUGCAAAAUCUGGCUUCUCUCGAGUCCCUUGAAAUUGGAUGGUAUGAAACUGAAACACUCGAGGAAUUUGAAAUUGAGUUUAAAGACGACACCAACUGCCUUCCUUCUCUGCGACGAAUUUCAUUAUAUGAUUGUCAAAGGCUGAAGGCUUUGCCAGAUUGGAUUUGCAACCUCUCAUCGCUUCAGGAGAUCAAAAUCUCAUACUGCCCAAUAUUGGCAUCGCUGCCCGAAGGAAUGAGUCGUCUUGCCAACUUAAAGAUCUUCGAAGUUAUUAGUUGUUUCCUCCUAAUGAAAGAAUGCAGAAAAGAGACAAGUGCUGUUAGCCGUCAAAUCGCACACAUCCCACGAAUUAUCCUUCGUAAUUAG